GAAAAACGCCUUGAGGAGCUGCGGAGUCCGUCACUAUAUUGCUGGUACAAUAUGAGCCAGAACAGGAGAUUCACAUACCAACAAAUAAGAAAUCAGAAUAGCGAUUAGCGUUUGAUUGCAACUGCUCUGCUACUGGGAUUUUUCCUGGCACUGCCGUUUGUUCACUUGUUUUUUUUUAUUGCUAGUGUGAACAUUUCUCGUUUGCGCUGGAUCUCUCGUGUCAAAAGAUGUGUGUGGAGAGCGAUGGAUGCGAGAUAGAGGGCUGCGGCAGUUCGGAUGAGGUGCACACGCUGUCUGGUAGUAUGAGCCCGGCUCUGAAGACGAACCCGGACCUUCAUCCGUGCAAGCCUGGGCAGAAAUUCAGAGCAGCGUUGCUCAAAUGCCGCUCGCCGACUGCUGCAGCCGGCAUACUCAGUUUUGGAAAUGUGCUCAACUAUAUGGACAGAUACACAGUUCAAGGUGUGCUGCUUGACAUCCAGCAGCAUUUUAACGUGUCUGACACUCUAGCUGGCUUGCUGUCGACGGUGUUCAUCUGCAGCUUCAUGUUCGCCGCCCCUGUCUUCGGUUACCUGGGUGACCGCUUCAACCGGAAGGUCAUCCUCAGCUGCGGCAUCUUCUUCUGGUCACUCGUGACCUUGCUCAGCUCCUUCAUCACCAACAAGGACCACUACUGGCUGUUUGUGCUGAGUCGAGGCCUGGUGGGGAUCGGCGAGUCCAGCUACUCCUCCAUCUCCCCCACCAUCAUCGGCGACCUCUUCACCAACAACAGCCGCACCAUGAUGCUGUCCGUCUUCUACCUGGCCAUACCGCUGGGGAGCGGCCUGGGCUACAUCCUGGGCUCCACCGCCAAAGAGGCCGCGGGAGACUGGCACUGGGCACUCAGGGUGUCGCCGUUCCUGGGCAUCACGGCGGGAACCCUGAUCCUGGUGUUCGUGCCGGAGCCCAAGAGAGGCACCGCGGAGCAGCACGGAGCCCGAUUCAAGAGCCAGACCACGUGGGUCUGCGACAUGAAAGCGCUGCUCAAAAACCGUAGCUUCGUGUUCUCUUCCCUGGCCUCUGCGACUGUGACCUUUGCCACGGGCGCCUUUGGCACCUGGAUCCCUCAGUACCUGUUCCGGGCCCGCGUGGUGCAGAAGACCGCCGAGCCCUGUGUUACUACACCGUGUAAAAGCCAUGACAGGCCUACUGACAAAGCAAUGUUGCACAGAAUUUUUCUGAUAUUCGGGGCGAUCACGUGUGUGACGGGUCUGCUGGGAGUGGUGAUUGGCGCCGUGAUGACCCGCUGGUGUCGGCAGAGGACGGAGCGGGCCGACCCGCUAGUGUGUGCCGUCAGCAUGCUGGGCUCGGCCAUCUUCAUCUGCCUCAUCUUCGUCACCGCCAAGAAGAGCAUCGAGGGGGCCUAUGUCUGCAUCUUCAUUGGGGAAACACUGCUGUUUUUGAACUGGGCCAUUACAGCGGACAUUUUAAUGUUUGUUGUCAUACCGACUCGAAGAGCCACUGCGGUUUCCCUUCAGGGUUUCACAUCACAUCUCUUAGGGGAUGCAGGAAGCCCGUUCCUCAUCGGCCUGAUUUCCGACAGUCUACAGCAGAGCUACAAGACGUCCGUCCUCUGGCAGUUCCUGAGCCUGGGCUACGCACUCAUGCUGUGCCCCUUCGUCAUCGUCCUGGGAGGGAUGUUCUUCCUCGCCACGGCCCUCUUCUUCCUCGACGACCGGGAAAAGGCUGAUAAACAAUUGGAGAUAGACAGAGAUCAGCACAGGACAGGGGUCAGCUCCACACCAGACAUCGAGAUAAGCCAGCUUACCAGGCCACCCUCCUCAGUGAAGGUCAACAAGUGAGGGAGGCCAGAGCUUGGAGGCUGCGCGAGGUGACCGGAUGGAUGAAGGAAGGACGGACGGAGAGAUGGGGAAAGAUGAAGCUGCUCACCCACUGGACGUCCGCCACCAUCAUAUGCCGAUCAUCUCUUGACCACCGAAGAAAAUGUCACCUCGACACCUCCUUGCUCUCCUGCUUGAUCUACUUCUCUCUCUCUCUCUCUCUCUGUCUCUCUCUCUCUCUCUCUCUCUCUUUUGCCUCUGUUUCUAGGAGGCUUCUUGUAUAACUGGAGCCACAGCAUGGACACCUCACGUUGUGGGCACUGCCUCGUGUCCGAGACUGUGCCAUGUUGUUUUUUUUAAAAUUAUUAUUAUUAUUUGUUUUAAGAAAAAGGAUUUUUUAAAAAUGCCAGCCUAACCAGCAGCAGCUGGUGAUGGAUGCCUCCCGUGCUGAUGUGGCAGAAAUGGGGUGGGGGGCAUGGAGCCAAUCCUGGCGCCCGUGUGGAUGAGCCCGUGUGUUAGUGCCAUACUACUGAAGGAGGACAGAAGAGGAGGAGGAGGAGGAGGAGGAGGCGCAGUGUCUGUCACAAUGCCUGUCAAUCUGCACCAAGUGCCAUGUCAUUACAUUCCCCCACAGACCCUACUCACUGCCCCCCCCCCCCCCCUCUCCCAAGAUGACCCCACCACCACCACCACACCAUACACACACAGGACAGAAGGAAUACUGGAAAGCAAAUAGUGGCAAACAAAUACACACUCAUACAAACAUGGAGUCAGCCAAGUGUCACCCUCACUGCUGAAAAGACUGGAACGGCAGCCUUAAGAGAUAUACAGCCCCGUUGUUUUACUUUUACUCUUGUACUUUUGUUUUUUUUUCUCGUCUUUACUUUUUAAUCUCAGCACUUAUUCCCAAAUGCAGUGCCAGCUACAUACUGUACAUCACAACAAAACAUCAUUUUUUUGAAACUGGAGGUCCAAACCUAUGAUUGUUUCAAAGGAUUGGUCAAGUGUAGGUCAAAAGAGUGUAGCCUAGUUAUGAGAAGGCCGUGACGAUUAGCCUGUCAUAUCUUUUGUAUAACUUAAAAAAAAAAAAGAAAAACGUUUGACAUUUUUGGAGAUUAAAAAAAAUGUCCGUGUAGUAAGAAGGCCUCGUCGUGCACAGGUGCCUCGGCUCCAGUGCUCAGCGACGGGAGGAGGAGGAAUUUGAACAAGUAAACAAAGCUGACGCUCCGGCGUCUCUUUUUCAUGUAGGGAUUCCUUACAGUUUGUUGGCUUUGAAAUGUCCCGGAAGCCACCCACUGAGAGAAUGGCAGCCUCAUUAAGCCGGGGUUUGAAAUGCCCUGUUUGAGUCUCUGAGAAUAGCCGUCUUUGUGCAAAGCUUUUUACUCUCUCUGGCUGCGCCGUUGUAGAUAUCUAAUUUCUCAAAAAGACAGACAGAGAGAGAUUAAGAGGAAUAUAAGUGUCUUUCUGUGAUGAAGUUAAUUAAAAAGGCAGACAUUUAUCCCCGGGAAGAGGUCAUUUUACACACCGUGUCAAGCUCAGAUAAGCUGUUCUCUGGUCAAGUGGCUUGACUGGACAGGAGGCAUAUUCCAUACGUUCUGAUGAUUGGCAGCACAGCCACGUUUUACUGCUCUCUCCGUUUAACAGACCUAAGCUGUGGUCAGCUCAUGUGCUGCUUGAGAACCAUAGACGAUUGGGUUGCAAUCUUGUGGAACAGUAAUGUUUGUUGGCGGAGCCAAAGAUACAACAAAAGUGAGCGUCUUGUUUAAUGAACUUGUUGUAGGGGGGAAAAGCAAUAUCAUACUGAAGGUUGUUCUCUUUCUACUGAAUAUCAAUAUGUGUGUUAUUUGGCUUCCAGUCUCAGUCUAAUGACAUGCUGAUAUUCAGGAUAACUUCAUUGUGAGGUUCAGCAAAGAGUUGUGUGAGUUAAUGUUAAAAGUAAAGCUGAGGAAA